CCUCUCCCGGUCCCUCGGCUGCCCCAGUUGCCAGGAACUCGGAGCCGGCGCAGAGCGGCCCAGCCCCAGUCAGGUAAUGAUUUUACAUGACUUGCGAGCUGGCCUCUAGUGGGAAUCUGUGGGAGGAUGAACACGGAGGAGCUGGAGUUACUGAGUGACUCCAAGUACAGGAAUUAUGUAGCAGCAAUUGACAAAGCACUCAAGAAUUUUGAAUACUCCAGUGAAUGGGCAGACUUAAUAUCUGCGCUUGGGAAGCUUAACAAGGUUUUACAAAAUAAUGCAAAGUACCAGGUAGUACCAAAAAAGCUCACCAUAGGCAAACGCCUAGCACAAUGCCUGCACCCAGCAUUGCCUGGUGGAGUUCAUCGAAAAGCACUUGAAACAUAUGAGAUUAUCUUCAAAAUCAUUGGACCUAAGCGCCUUGCCAAAGAUCUUUUUCUUUACAGUUCUGGGCUUUUUCCUCUUCUUGCCAAUGCUGCCAUGUCCGUUAAACCAACACUGCUAAGUUUAUAUGAGAUUUAUUACCUACCUUUGGGUAAAACAUUAAAGCCUGGUCUGCAAGGAUUGUUAACUGGAAUUCUGCCUGGCUUGGAGGAAGGGUCAGAGUACUAUGAAAGAACUAACACCUUGUUGGAGAAGGUUGCUGCUGCAGUGGAUCAGUCAGCAUUCUACAGUGCCCUCUGGGGUAGUCUUCUUACCAGUCCUGCUGUUCGUUUACCUGGAAUCACUUAUGUUCUCUCCCAUUUGAACAGGAAGCUUUCAAUGGAGGAUCAACUUUAUAUAAUUGGCAGUGAUAUUGAACUAAUGGUAGAAGCAGUAAGUACUUCAGUACAGGAUUCGAGUGUCCUUGUACAAAGAAGCACUUUGGACCUUAUACUUUUCUGCUUUCCUUUCCAUAUGAGUCAGGCAACUCGUCCUGACAUGAUCAGAAUCUUGUCAGCAGCUCUUCAUGUGGUUCUAAGAAGGGAUAUGUCUCUAAAUCGCAGGCUUUAUGCAUGGCUUCUAGGCUUUGAUAAUAAUGGCGUUAUCAUAGGACCCAGAAGCACAAGACAUAGUAAUCCUGAGGAACAUGCCACUUAUUAUUUCACUACUUUUUCAAAAGAGAUGUUGGUCCAGGCAAUGGUAGGAAUCUUACAAGUGAAUGGCUUGGGAGAAGAAAGUACCCUAAUGCAGGACUUAAAACCCUUUCGUAUUUUAAUCAGUUUACUGGACAAACCUGAGCUAGGACCCGUCAUAUUAGAAGAUGUUCUGAUUGAAGUAUUUAGAACACUGUAUACACAGUGUAGAGCAGAAUUGGAUCUUCAGGUAGAACCACCCUUCAGCAAAGAUCAUACACAAUUAAGCAGCAAAUUGAGAGAGAACAAGAAAACAGCAGAACUAAUUAAAACAGCCAAUCUUCUCUUUAAUUCCUUUGAGCCUUAUUAUAUGUGGGAUUAUAUUGCACGCUGGUUUGAAGAAUGCUGUAGGAGGACUUUGCAUGCCAGACUUCAGAUUGGACCUGGAGAUAGCAGUGACUCAUCUGAGCUACAGCUAACCAGUUUCUGCCUGCUGGUGGAUUUUUUGUUGGAUAUAGUUUCUUUGGAGACUUAUAUUGAAAUACAAACAGAACACUUGCCUCAGUUGCUACUUAGAAUGAUUUCUGCACUAACAAGUCAUCUUCAGACUUUGUAUUUAUCGGAACUGACAGAUUCACUCAGGCUCUGCUCAAAAAUCCUUAGCAAGGUCCAGCCGCCUCUGUUAUCUGCGGGCACAGGCAGCACUUUGAGGUUUUCAGGUGGUCAGAGCAACUCUGUCAAAGAAUGGGAAGACAAAAAGAUUCCGUCAAUCUCUCUUGAAAAUCCUAUUGAAGUAUUUGAAGAUAGUGAAAAUCCACCAAGCAGUCGCUCCUCAGAGAGUGGAUUUACGGAAUUUGUGCAGUAUCAGGCAGAUAAAACUGAUGACAUUGACAGAGAACUGAAUGAGGGACAGGGAACAGCUGCUAUUCCAGUUGGUAGUACAUCUUCAGAGACUGAAACAGCAUCUACGGUGGGAUCUGAAGAAACCAUUGUACAGCCACCUUCCAUAGUCACACAGGGGACAGCAACCCGGGGCGGAAAGACGGCCCAAAAGACUGCAAUGCAGUGCUGCUUGGAGUAUGUCCAGCAGUUUUUAACCAGGCUUAUCAACCUCUAUAUCAUUCAGAGUAAUUCUUUGUCUCAGCCUUUGACAACAGAGCAUCGUGUGGAUCUCACUCGAGAAGAAGGAGAGACCACAAAAUGGGACAGGGACCCACAAGGAGAUGUUAAAGGGAAAGACAUAAAUAAACAAACUCCACCAAAAGAAUAUCUUUCUGCCUUUAUUGCUGCCUGUCAGCUAUUCCUUGAAUGCUCAAGCUUUCCUGUUUACAUUGCUGAGGGGAACCAUACAUCAGAGUUACAUUCUGAGAAAUCAGAUAUUGACUGCGAGCAGGUACAGCCCCCAUUCUGGCUCCAGACUCUGAUGAACGCUUGUAGCCAAGCAAGCGAUUUCAGCGUCCAAAGCAUCGCUAUUUCGCUAGUAAUGGACUUGGUAGGAUUGACUCAAUCUGUCGCUGUUGUCGCUGGGGAAAAUGUGAGCAGUGUGGAGCCUCCACAGCCCCUAAGUCCCAACCAGGGAAGAGUGGCUGUAGUUAUCAGGCCUCCCUUAACUCCAGGCAACCUGCGGUACACUGCGGAGAAGACUGAGUUUUUCAAGCAUGUAGCUUUAACAUUAUGGGACCAAUUGGGCGAUGGGACACCCCAGCAUCACCAGAAGAGCGUUGAACUUUUUUAUCAGUUACACAACUUGGUUCCUUCUUCUAGCAUCUGUGAAGAUGUUAUAAGUCAGCAGUUAACCCACAGAGAUAAGAAAGUAAGAAUGGAAGCACAUGCAAAGUUUGCGGUACUUUGGCAUCUAACCAGGGACCUUCACAUAAAUAAAUCAUCAUCUUUUGCCCGUUCCUUUGACAGAUCACUGUUCAUCAUGUUAGAUAGCCUUAAUAGCCUGGACGGUUCCACUAGUUCUGUAGGACAAGCCUGGUUGAAUCAGGUGCUCCAAAGGCAUGACAUUGCAAGGGUUCUAGAGCCAUUGCUGCUGCUCCUGCUUCAUCCCAAAACUCAGAGAGUUUCCGUGCAACGGGUACAGGCAGAGCGUUAUUGGAAUAAAGUGCCCUGUUGUACAGAGGAGGAAAAUGACAAGCAAUUUAUGCAAAAUUUUUCCUGCAGUGAUGCAUUUUCCCAUAUGCCUACAAACCAAGUACAGCUCAUUACAACUAAAGGAAGCAGUGAGAAACAGCUUGUGAUGGAUGAAAUGGAGAACUUUAGUCUUACAGUCAAUCCAUUAAGUGACAGACUUUCUCUUUUAAGUACUAGUAGUGAGACAAUUCCAAUGGUCAUAUCUGAUUUUGACCUUCCAGAUCAACAGAUAGAAAUACUUCAAAGUUCAGAUUCAGGUUGUUCCCAGUCUUCUGGUGGGGACAACUUGAGCUAUGAUGUGGAAACUGAAAAUAUGAAUGCUCCAGAUAAUUCUCAGAGCCCAAAAGAAGAUUCAGCAGAUGAUAUCGUUCAGCAGGUAGUUUUUGACCUCAUAUGUAAAGUUGUAAGUGGCCUUGAAGAGGAGUCUGAAUCAGUUAAACAUCAACUACAGACAGAUGAUAUGACACCUAAAUUCAAUUCAUUAGAUGCCUGUGAGGAGGUAAUUAAUAAUGAAGAUCAAGUCAUCCAACAUAGCCAGAGCAAUUUACUUAGCAAUGAAAGUUGUCAGUUUUUAUCUCUGUCUGCUGAGGCUGGGCUGGAAGGCUCUUCUAAUGGAAUCUCUAGAAAUAGCUCCUCACCUUGUAUUUCUGUAACGCACCAGAUGCUGCAUGAACCUUAUAGCAGUUCAGCAGAAGCAAAGUCUAGACAACGAAGUCAUAGUAGUAUUCAAUUCAGCUUCAAAGAAAAACUUCCAGACAAAGUCUCCGAAAAGGAAACAAUUGUCAAGGAGUCAGGAAAGCAGCCUGGAGCAAAACCCAAAGUUAAACUUGCCAGAAAGAAGGAUGAUGACAAGAAAAAAGCUCAAAAUGAAAAGCUUAAGCAAACCAGUGUAUUCUUUAGUGAUGGUCUGGACUUAGAAAACUGGUAUAGCUGUGGAGAAGGUGAAAUUUCUGAAAUUGAGAGUGAUAUGGGGUCUCCAGGAACACGAAAAUCUCCCAACUUCAACAUUCACCCAUUAUAUCAGCAUGUAUUACUGUAUCUGCAAUUAUAUGAUUCCUCAAGAACGCUGUAUGCUUUUUCUGCUAUCAAAGCUAUCUUGAAAACUAAUCCUAUUGCUUUUGUAAAUGCCAUCUCCACCACUAGUGUCAAUAAUGUAUAUACUCCCCAGCUCUCUUUGCUUCAGAAUCUUUUGGCCAGACAUCGAAUUUCUGUUAUGGGUAAAGACUUUUAUAGUCACAUUCCUGUGGACUCUAACCAUAACUUUCGGAGCUCCAUGUACAUAGAAAUUCUUAUUUCUCUUUGCUUGUAUUAUAUGCGUAGCCAUUAUCCAACUCAUGUGAAGGUCACACCACAAGACUUAAUAGGCAAUCGCAAUAUGCAGAUGAUGAGCAUCGAAAUUUUAACACUUCUCUUUACUGAGCUAGCCAAGGUUAUAGAAAGCUCAGCAAAGGGCUUCCCUAGCUUUAUUUCUGAUAUGUUGUCCAAGUGCAAGGUUCAGAAGGUGAUUCUUCACUGUUUGUUAUCAUCUAUCUUCAGUGCACAAAAAUGGCAUAGUGAAAAGAUGUCAGGUAAAAACACUGUAGCCAUUGAGGAAGGUUUCUCUGAGGAUACCCUUAUUAACUUCUCAGAGGAUGAAUUGGACAAUGGCAGCACUCUGCAGUCUCAACUCUUAAAGGUGCUUCAGAGGCUGAUUGUUUUAGAGCAUCAUGUAAUGACUGUUUCUGAGGAGAAUGAAACAGGUUUUGAUUUCGUGGUAACUGACUUAGAACACAUCAACCCACACCAACCAAUGACUUCUCUUCAGUAUCUGCAUGCCCAGCCAAUCACAUGUCAAGGCAUGUUCCUAUGUGCAGUGAUAAGAGCUUUACAUCAACACUGUGCAUGUAAGAUGCAUCCUCAGUGGAUCAGCUUAAUCACGUCUACUCUGCCUUAUAUGGGAAAAAUUCUACAGAGAGUGGUUGUUUCUGUGACGCUCCAGCUUUGCAGGAAUUUGGAUAACCUAAUUCUGCAGUACAAAUAUGAAACAGGACUAUCUGACAGUAGGCCUCUUUGGAUGGCAUCAAUUAUUCCACCAGAUAUGAUUCUUACUCUUCUAGAAGGCAUUACAACCAUCAUUCACUACUGUUUGUUGGAUCCAUCCACACAGUAUCAUCAGCUCUUGGUAAACGUUGACCAAAAGCACCUAUUUGAGGCACGAAGUGGGAUCCUCUCCAUCCUUCACAUGAUCAUGUCGUCUGUGACACUGCUUUGGAGCAUCCUGCAUCAGGCUGACUCUUCAGAAAAAUCAACUAUUGCUGCAGCUGCAUCUGUUACCACUAUUAAUCUUGGUUCCACAAAGAAUUUGAGGCAGCAGAUUCUUGAACUAUUGGGCCCAAUCUCAAUGAAUCAUGGGGUGCAUUUUAUGGCUGCCAUUGCAUUUGUAUGGAAUGAAAGAAGACAAAACAAAACUACUUCUAGGACAAAGGUCAUUCCUGCAGCCAGUGAAGAACAGCUUUUGCUGGUUGAACUGGUUCGCUCAAUUAGCGUCAUGAGGACUGAAACUGUUAUCCAAACAGUAAAGGAAGUUUUGAAACAGCCACCAGCCAUUGUCAAGGACAAGAAACAUCUUUCUUUGGAAGUCUGCAUGCUGCAGUUUUUUUAUGCUUAUAUUCAAAGGAUUCCAGUACCCAGUUUAGUGGAUAGCUGGACAUCAUUGCUGAUUCUUCUGAAAGAUUCCAUACAGCUGAGUCUCCCAGCUCCAGGGCAGUUUCUCAUACUUGGAGUUCUGAAUGAAUUCAUUAUGAAAAAUCCUAAUUUGGAAAAUAAAAAAGACCAAAGAGACCUUCAGGAUGUUACUCAUAAAAUAGUAGAUGCAGUUGGUGCAAUUGCUGGCUCUUCUUUGGAACAGACUACAUGGUUACGUCGAAAUUUAGAGGUUAAAGCUUCCCCCAAAAUUAUGGUGGAUGGCACCAAUCUGGAAUCUGAUGUGGAAGAUAUGUUGUCACCUGCUAUGGAAACAUCAAAUAUAACUCCUUCUGUGUAUAGUGUUCAUGCCCUGACAUUACUUUCUGAGGUUCUGGCUCAUCUUCUGGAUAUGGUAUUCUACAGUGAUGAGAAAGAAAGAGUCAUUCCGUUACUUGUAAAUAUCAUGCAUUAUGUUGUGCCCUACCUCCGAAAUCACAGUGCCCAUAAUGCACCCAGUUAUCGGGCCUGUGUUCAGCUACUUAGCAGUCUUAGUGGGUAUCAGUAUACACGGAGAGCAUGGAAAAAAGAAGCAUUUGAUCUUUUUAUGGAUUCCAGUUUCUUCCAAAUGGAUGCCUCUUGUGUUAAUCAUUGGAGAGCAAUUAUGGACAACUUGAUGACACAUGAUAAAACAACAUUUAGAGAUUUAAUGACGCGAGUAGCUGUGGCUCAAAGCAGCUCACUCAAUCUGUUUGCCAGCAGGGAUGUGGAGCUAGAACAGAGAGCCAUGCUCUUAAAAAGAUUAGCAUUUGCAAUUUUUAGCAGUGAAAUAGACCAGUAUCAGAAAUACCUUCCAGAUAUACAAGAAAGAUUGGUAGAGAGUCUCCGUUUGCCCCAGGUGCCCACUCUUCACUCUCAAGUUUUCCUGUUUUUCAGAGUGUUACUUUUAAGAAUGUCUCCCCAGCACCUUACCUCACUCUGGCCAACUAUGAUCACAGAACUAGUGCAGGUAUUUUUACUGAUGGAACAGGAACUCAGCGCUGAUGAAGAUAUUUCAAAAACUUCAGGACCAUCUGUAGCUGGUCUGGAGACCACGUACACAGGAGGCAAUGGUUUUUCAACUUCAUACAACAGCCAGCGAUGGUUAAACCUUUACCUCUCUGCUUGCAAAUUUUUGGAUUUGGCUUUAGCAUUGCCGUCUGAAAAUCUUCCUCAGUUUCAGAUGUAUCGCUGGGCCUUCAUUCCAGAAGUCUCAGAUGAUUCUGGUUUGGAAGUUAGAAGACAGGGUACACAUCAACGGGAAUUUAAACCUUAUGUGGUACGACUAGCAAAACUCCUCCGGAAAAGGGUGAAGGACAAGGAGGAGAACUUUAAGACAGUGAUUUUGGAGGGAUUGGAGAUGGCCAAGCAUCAGAAAAACCCAGAGGAAGACAACUCAGGGAGAACAUUAGGUUGGGAACCAGGACAUUUGUUACUAACCAUCUACACUGUGCGUAAUAUUGAGCAGCUCCUGCCUUUCUUCAAUGUGCUCAGCCAAGUCUUCAAUAGCAAAGUCACAAGCAAAUGUGUGGGACACUCAGGGAGCCCUGUCCUCUACCCAAACUCCUUCCCUAAUAAGGACAUUAAAAUGGAGAACAACAAAAUGUUUUCCAGCAAAGCCAGGCAAAAAAUUGAAGAAAUGAUAGAGAAAGAUUUUCUGGAAGGGGUGAUAAAAACUUGAUUCACUGGAAAUGGUACUAUUCAACUUAAAUGUAUUGUUUAAAAGAAA